UGGCUGAGCAAUCUUUUGAGGCGCUGAGGUGGAGCGAAGGAGCCGCUCAGGCCUUGCGCCUCCUCUCCGCAUCGGACCUCGCACAGCUCAUCACCCAGCCUCUCUCUGCACGCGGCUUCUUUCCUCACCUCAUCUCGUGUUCACACACCACUCGCGCUCUCCGCUCCUGUAUCGAUGGCGAGCUCAUCAACGGCGCACGGCAGCGCCUCCACCGCGCACAUCUCCUCCACCGCCGCCGCCGCCGCUGCCGGCAGCACGACGAUGGCCACGACGCACUCGGCACUGCCGCCCGCCGUGCCGCAGCCGGAACGCAGGCGGGAACAGAGGGCAAGGCCGCACGGAUGGGUCCACUUUGCUGCAGGAGGAGUGGCGGGCAUGUGCGGCGCCAUCGUCACGUCGCCACUAGACGUCGUCAAGACCCGUCUCCAAUCGGACCUGUUCCGGCCCGUCACCUCUCCUCGCUCCACCGCAGCAGCCGCCUCGGCAGCUCGGAGUAGCGGCGCCUUCUCCCAGACACGGCGUCUCGCGUAUCACUUUGUCGAGACGGCACAGCUGCUGCGCACCAUCGCUACCCGCGAGGGUCCACGGGCGCUCUUCCGAGGCCUAGGCCCGACGCUGCUCGGCGCUGUGCCGGCGCGCUCCAUCAACUUUUAUACGUACGGCAACGGCAAGGUGUUCCUUGCUGAGCACCUGAAUGGCGGGAAAGAGUCGCCGGCGGUACAUCUGGGCGCGGCAGCACUGGCGGGCAUCGUCACUGCGACGGCGACCAAUCCGAUCUGGGUCGUCAAGACGCGCCUGCAGCUCGAGGCAUCGGCCGCUGAGCGUUCGCUCGAGACUGCGCGCAACGCUGCUGUGGGGCGGCAUGCCUCCUCAUCAGGCGCAGCUCCCGCCGCCUCUCGCUCUCUCAGCACCUCUGCGCUAGCCGCGACCUCAGCCAUGCGUGGCGCCUCGCUGCAAAAGUCCUUCUUUGCCGGCUCGAACCCGUCCGUGCCGCGCUCGUCCAGCACGCAGAUGGUGCUGCACAUCGUGCGCUCCGAGGGCAUCCCCGGCCUGUACCGCGGCAUGAGUGCCUCGUAUCUCGGCGUCGUGGAGGGCACCAUCCAGUGGGUGCUGUACGAGAAGCUCAAGCGCUGGGAGAGCAAGAGUGAGGGCGAGGAGAAGCGGCAGGGCUUGCGCACUACGAUCGGAGCAGCGGGCACGGCGAAGCUCAUCGCCAGUCUCAUUACGUAUCCCCACGAGGUGCUGCGCACACGCAUGCGGCAGCAGCCCUCGCCGGGCGAGGUGGCAAAGUACACGAGUCUGCGCAAGACGAUCGUCUGCGUCUGGCGCGACGAGGGUGCCGCGGCGCUCUACGGCGGCCUCAGCGCGCAUCUGCUGCGCGUCGUGCCGAACGCUGCCAUCAUGUUCUCCGUGUACGAGCUGGCGCUGUGGCUCGCUGCGCCGCCGCCGUCGUAGCCCCCGUGCCGCACCGCUACACCCUUCC